GUUAAAGAAGCUCUUUCGUUAAACAUGCCCACAAAAUUUAUCUCUCUGCAUAUUCCUCGCAUCUUUGGGAACUCGAAUUCUCAUCAAAGCAGAAAAACGAGGAUUUAGAAUUCGAAUCCUCGCAUUCUCGGCUUCUUAAAUUCCCAAGUUUUCCUUCUCUGUUUCCGUGUUUGUGCUUCAAUCAAUCAGUUUUGGAGAGAGAGAGAGAGAGAGAGAGGUGGAAUUGAUUGAGCUCCGGUGAGUGUGGAUCUGGCAGGCGAAGCCAAUUGAAGCCUCAGAUCAAUGCUUUGUUCGGAGGCAAUUUAGGUCCCGUCGUAUCUAUAAUUCGGCAAGAUCUGCUUCAGUUAUACUGAUUUUCGACUGGUAGAUGAGUUUGCUGAGAUUUUGAUUGUUCUGUCGAGUGUGACGGCGGGACAAAUUGAUGAAGAACGGGAUGAUAGAAUGCAGUGUAUGCCAUUCAAAGUUGGUUUCCCCGAAUACUAAAGCUUUCUCGAGGGCAUAUGACCGCCACAAGAGCAGGUUAUCGUCCAAGCAACGUGUUCUCAAUGUCCUCUUGGUCGUUGGUGAUUGUAUGCUAGUCGGUUUACAGCCUAUUCUGGUUUAUAUGUCCAAGGUCGAUGGAAAAUUCGAAUUUAGCCCAAUUAGUGUAAACUUUUUGACAGAGGCUGCAAAGGUUCUAUUUGCUGUUGUCAUGCUACUGUUGCAGGCUAGGAAUCAGAAAGUUGGGGAGAAGCCUCUUCUCUCAAUUUCAACAUUCGUGCAGGCGGCUAGGAACAAUGUGCUUCUUGCUGUUCCAGCAUUUCUUUAUGCUAUUAAUAACUAUUUAAAGUUCACCAUGCAGCUAUAUUUCAAUCCUGCAACCGUGAAGAUGCUCAGCAAUUUGAAGGUGUUGGUGAUUGCUGUUUUAUUGAAAAUGAUAAUGAAACGUCGAUUUUCAAUAAUUCAGUGGGAAGCCCUUGCUUUGUUGCUCAUCGGGAUUAGCGUAAAUCAGUUGCGAUCUUUACCAGAGGGUUCCACUGCUUUAGGUCUUCCAGUUUCAACAGGCGCAUAUGUAUACACAUUGAUCUUUGUAACAGUUCCAUCCUUGGCCUCUGUUUACAAUGAGUAUGCUCUGAAGAGCCAAUAUGACACUAGUAUAUACCUCCAGAACUUAUUUUUAUAUGGAUAUGGUGCUAUAUUCAACUUUCUAGGAAUAUUGGUAAUGGCCAUUGUCAAAGGCCCAAGUAGCUUUGAUAUCCUUCACGGUCAUUCAAGAGCUACAAUGUUUCUGAUAGCUAACAAUGCAGCACAAGGAAUUCUGUCCUCUUUUUUCUUCAAAUAUGCAGAUACGAUUCUAAAGAAGUACUCGUCCACAGUGGCCACUAUCUUCACAGGCAUAGCAUCUGCUUUGCUGUUUGGUCAUAAAUUGACUAUGAACUUUGUUUUAGGAAUUUCUAUUGUCUUCAUCUCGAUGCACCAGUUCUUUUCUCCCAUUUCGAAAGUGAAAGAAGAGGAACAAAAUGGGAAGCUAGAAAUGAUAGAUGUCGAUGAUAAACACAGGUCAAAGGAUUCCUUUAUCAAUAUGGCAGCAGGGGCAAAUGAAGAGGCUAGUCACCGAGUGGGACCCGAUGAAAGACAGCCGCUUUUACCCACCUAAAGUUAAUUGGAGUUGGUUUAUUUUUUCUUUGAAGGAAUUCUUUUGGCAGGAAUUAAACAAUACAAGAGAUAAGCAAGGUUCCUCAAACAUUCAAUAAAUUAAUCUGAGAAGAAAUACUUUUCUACUGUUUUCGGGGAUCCCUUUCCUGUGUCACAGGGUUUCCCUAAGUUGUGUAAAGCAAUUUAUAUAAACGAAUUCGGAGUAUACAUGCCUUUGAGUGAUCCCAGUUUUUUGGCUGCAGAAGAUUUGGAGAGAGAGAUAAGCAACAUGUCCACAGUGAUUUAGUUCCUUCCUUCCUGCACUUUAUCUACCAAUGUGAUUUGUAUUAGCGUUCUUUUGUAUUCUUUACGUUGGACCACAUAGAUAUUUCACCCCAAAUCUCAAUUUUUGUAUUUUUAUUUUAUUUUAUACAGACUUAGAUUUUGUUUUGGUAAGGAACACCUCAUUCCCAUU